CGCCAUGGGGGGCCCCUCCGCCCUGCCCCUGCUGCUGCUCCUGGCCUGCUGCGGGGCGCCCGGCGGGGCCAACCUCUCCCAGGACGGCUACUGGCAGGAGCAGGAUUUGGAGCUGGGAACUCUGGCUCCACUCGGCGAGGCCAUCAGCUCCACAGUCUGGAGCAGCUCUGACAUGCUGGCCAGUCAAGAUAGCCAGCCCUGGACAUCGGACGAGACAGUGGUGGCUGGUGGCACCGUGGUGCUCAAGUGCCAAGUGAAGGAUCACGAGGACUCGUCUCUGCAGUGGUCUAACCCUGCCCAGCAGACUCUCUACUUUGGCGAGAAGAGAGCCCUUCGUGAUAAUCGGAUCCAGCUGGUUAGAUCCACACCCCAUGAGCUCAGCAUCAGCAUCAGCAACGUGGCCCUGGCGGAUGAGGGCGAGUACACCUGCUCCAUCUUCACCAUGCCCGUGAGGACCGCCAAGUCCCUCGUCACUGUGCUCGGAAUCCCACAGAAGCCCAUAAUUACUGGCUACAAGUCCUCAUUACGGGAAAAGGAGACAACCACCCUAAACUGUCAGUCUUCUGGAAGCAAACCUGCAGCCCAGCUCACCUGGCGGAAGGGCGACCAAGAGCUCCACGGAGAACCAACCCGCGUUCAGGAAGAUCCCAAUGGUAAAACCUUCACCGUGAGCAGCUCAGUGACAUUCCAGGUUUCCCGUGAGGAUGAUGGGGCUGACAUCGUAUGCUCUGUGAACCAUGAAUCUCUAAAGGGAGCUGACAGAUCCACCUCUCAACGCAUCGAAGUUCUAUACACACCGACGGCGAAGAUUAGGCCAGACCCCCCACACCCCCGCGAGGGCCAGAAACUGCUACUCCACUGUGAGGGCCGUGGCAAUCCCGUACCCCAGCAGUACCUGUGGGAGAAGGAGGGCAGUGUGCCCCCGCUAAAGAUGACCCAGGAGAGUGCCCUGAUCUUCCCCUUCCUCAACAAGAGCGACAGUGGGACAUACGGCUGCACGGCCACCAGCAACAUGGGCAGCUACAAGGCCUACUACACGCUCAAUGUGAACGACCCCAGCCCGGUACCCUCGUCCUCCAGCACUUACCACGCCGUCAUUGGUGGGAUCGUGGCAUUCAUCGUCUUCCUGCUGCUCAUCCUGCUCAUCUUCCUCGGCCACUACUUGAUCCGGCACAAAGGAACCUACCUGACACAUGAGGCCAAAGGCUCGGACGACGCCCCGGACGCAGACACGGCCAUCAUCAAUGCAGAAGGCGGGCAGUCGGGCGGGGACGACAAGAAGGAGUAUUUCAUCUAGAGGCGCCCAGCCACCUCCUGCGCCCCCCAGGGGCCCCACGGGGACUGCUGGGGCCAUCACCAACCUGGACUUGUACAGAGCGACCCCAGGGCCGCCCCUCCCGCUUGCUCCCCAGCCCUCCCCACCCCCCUGUACAGAAUGUCUGCUUUGGGUGCGGUUUUGUACUCGGUUUGGAAUGGGGAGGGAGGAGGGCGGGGGGGAGGGAGGGUUGCCCUCAGCCCUUUCCGUGGCUUCUCUGCGUUUGGGUUAUUAUUAUUUUUAUAACAAUCCCAAAUCAAAUCCGUCUCCAGGCUGGAGGGGCAGGGGCCCUGGGUGAGGAAAAGAACAACCCUGGAGUGUUAGGAGGAGAGCGAAGGCGGAGGGGUGAGGACAGGGAGCCAAGCCGGGCUGGUGUGGGGGGCCCUCCCCGGCCCUCCGCCCUCCGUCCUCCACCAUGGAGCAGCUUCCUGGCCUCCGGGGGGGGCAAUGGGGAGGUGGUGAGCAGAAGCUGGAGGGGGCUUUUCCUCUGCUAGUCACGCACCUCAAGCUACGGACAGGGAAGCAGGUACCACCCAGUCACCCCUCCGCCAGCACAACGGGAGAGGGGUGAGUGGGGGCCCCGAGGAGGUGUGACCCGCAGGUGGAAGGCAGCCACGCAGGGACCCAGGGCUUCCGCAUGGGGAGGACGCAGGUCCCUGCCCGGAGGGGGUAGAUCUGCGGGGGGGAGGAUGGCGGAGAGGGCCGUGUUACCCCUCGCCCCUGGGGCGAAGGAAGCCAGGCCCCGGGGUGGGGGGGGAAGCUCCAGCAGCUGUGGGAGAGGCGCUGCUCCCGGCCCCCGGCUCUGCCCCGAGCCCCACUGUCGCUGGGCCACCACUUCUCUCCAGCAUCGCUCGGCAACCCCUCCUCCCAUCUUGUGCUGCGUGUGCCCCUUCCCGUUCCCACAGCAGCCAGGCAGACAUAACAACAAAAAUACUAAAAGGCGCUUCGCUGCACUGAGCUGUGUCCUGCCCAGAGGAGGGGCGUAAUGUGAACCCUGUGAGUGUGUGGUUACGGUGUCCGUGUGUACAUGCACAUGUGUGUGAGACAGAGCCGGAGGGGGGCUCCCGGGCGGGGGGGGGGGCUGGGACGCCGCCAGGAGGGCUUCGGGCGGGCCGGGCUCCUAAUCAGGCUGUGGACCUCACCUGGGCUGUGGCUCCGUCCCCGUGCGUCCCAGGCCACCCUCAGUGCCCAUCGGUCAUGGAGAAAACAGUCCCAGGAUGUGUUUCGCUCAGUUGUCCAUCUCGCCUCUCCCUAAAACACAGAGCAUUCAAACCCUGCCUCAAUUUCCCUUCUCAGAGGCACGGAGCCAGUGCCACAGCUUUGCUAUGCACCCCUCAGGCCGCUCCCUGGCACCGACCCUGGGAGGACCGCUGUCACUUCUUUCCCCUACAGUCUGUCCCCUGCGCGGCGAGGGCUGGGGCUGAGACCUCGGUCUCCUUCCCAUUUCCACCCCUGCUUUUGAUUUUCUGUCUUCCUUCAUCGCCGUGGAGAUGAGGUUGCCCACACUCCCUGAGCCAGGGUGCCCCUCGGCCCCGCUCACCCGCUCCGGCACAUCCUCCCUGCCGCGUCCGGCAGGCUCGCCCACCCCCUCAGUUCAGGUCAUAGCCUCGUGAAUCUUCCAGCCGCUGGUUAGGGCCCUUGGGCACCGCAGGCACCCCCCACCUCAGCCAGGGCCCCCCCCCCACAGCAGCAAGGCAGCCUAGGGCCCCAGGCCUGUCGGCUCCCUGUCUCCCAGCACCUUUCCUCUUUGAGCUGAACCACUCUGUCCAUAUUACACAGAAGCCAUAUUUGUACGGGGGGCGGGGGGGAGGGGCCGUUGUGCUGUGUGUGUCUGUCUGUGGGUGAGGGGGAGGGGAGCAGGGAGGGGAUCGUGUAUCUUUAUAAUCUUUCUAACUCUCCUGUGCUAAUCUCAGAGGGGCCACCCUCAAUAUAUCUGGAUUAUCCGUGU